UACAGAUGAAAAAUGUCUAUAAGGGCAUUAUAAAGUCGGUGCUUGCUGUUGAAAUUGUGAAAUGUGAUAAAUGUCUGUAAGCGCAUUGAAAAGUCGGGGCUAGUACAUAAUUGUAAUCGUAGUUUUAAACAAAUAAAGAUCUUGCUUGGAUAUUUCGUAAUAUUUUAUUGCUGCAUGUCAUCGCUGGAAUCAGAAGUUCUUCAAGAAUUGUUCUUGUACUCGGAAGCAGCAUAUAAAUAAGUACAGAUACACACAAUAUAUGUUUUGUGUGGGUGUCUGCUUGCCAACUUAGCUCGGCUUUAAUUCUUUGAAAGCUCUAAUUUGUUCGAUCCGCACGAAUCGAACAUACGAAACUUAUGUCUCUUGUCGCAGCUGAAAGUCUUUCCAAAGCCGAUGUCUUGUCCCAAAAAUCUGUCGCCGUCGCGGCGCUUAACUCUGACGAAGGGCCACCGUCAGAGCCAUCGACUCCGUAUAAAGGUCUAAGCCAGCCGUGAGCUCGGCUCAGUCUGCAGAGCAACGUGCGUGAGCAUCUUUGUUGGGUAGUGCGUGGGUCCAACAAUUGCACAUAUCAAUUAAUGUAUUCAUGUACAUGUACGCAUAGACAAUUGUAAAUUUUAGUGCGUGUGCGUGUGCGUGUGCGCGAUUCUUGAAGAAUGCAUUUUCCGACAAUUGGCGAUUUCUAUCAGCGUUUGCUAUUUCUGUUGCCGUUCUCAGCAAAUUUGCUGCCGGAGGGUCUACGCUUCAGCUAUGAUGAGCCACAGCAAUGGCGACACAUUUAUCCACAAUGUGGCGGCUCCUAUCAGUCGCCCAUAGCACUUAAUUCACGCAAAGCAAUACCCAUUAGCUUGCCGCCCCUGAACUUUGGUCACUACGAGGAGCCCUUCGAUGAGCUUCUGAGUGUCCGGAAUAAUGGACAUACAGGCAUGUACAAGGCAGCCGGAAAUAUGCAUUACAUUUUCAAAGAAUAUCCAGUUAUUUUCACAGUUGAAUUCAGAGUGCCCACAACGGUGUUGGGCGAGCGUCCCUAUCUCACCGGCGGUCUUUUGGGAGACUUCUAUGAGGCCAUGGCUGUGCAUUUCCAUUGGGGCUCGUCCCAGCGCAAGGGCUCGGAGCAUUUGCUUAAUGGUCGUCGCUAUGAUCUGGAGAUGCAUAUCGUGCAUCGCAACACAAACUACCAGAGCGAUGAGGAGGCGAGAAAUCAGACCGAUGGCCUGGCCGUAUUGGCUGUGCUCUUUAAGGUGGUCCGCACCAACUAUCCGCAUUAUCAACCUGGUCUCAGUGAAAUCCUUGGCUCGCUACUGCACCUGGGCGACUUUAACAGCAGUUAUACGCCAGCCGCGUUCCUCACGCUUGGUUCGCUACUUGGCAACUUGGAUAGGGGCAACUUCUAUGCCUACAGAGGAUCACUGACAACGCCGCCAUGUUCGCCAGCUGUGCUGUGGCAUGUGUUUGCCGAGGUUUUGCCCAUAUCCCAGCUGGAACUGCCAAAGUUUUGGCAACUGAGAGAUCGCCGCGGACGACCGCUGUUAAACACCUUUCGACCAGUGCAGUCCCUUGAGGGGCGGCAGGUAUUUCAACGCCGCCCUCCAUCGGAAUACAUCUGGUUAUAAUAAAUGCUAAGAAACUAUUUUCAUAUCAAAUUUAUUACCAAAAGGAACACUUUGACCGGGAUAAAUUAGAUAAUAUUGUUGUGUGUUUUUGGUUGUUUGAGUUUCUUACUUGCGGCCACUUUUGUAGCGCGAUAAGAUUGCGGCAAC